GUAGCCUGUCGCACCUGAAGGUGGGAGGCGAUAGCCUCUCCUCUUCCGCGGGCGGGAGAGUUAGGUAAGCCCCGCUGAGCACUCCCAGCACGAUCGCCACCCGAGGGUGCAAGCCAUUCCUGCCAACUGUCAAAGUGGCCGCGAGCCUCCGCGCCCAUAGAUCGGUCAAGCGCCACCCUUCCGGCGUGACCCAAAAGAUGCCCAGGUGCACCGACCUUCCUUCAGAUCCGAGUUUCUGUCACUCCCUGUUUUCUUUCGUCUCCGACACCUGUGCUCUUAGGUUAUGCCUCUCUGCUCGCUUCUAGCUGCCCGCACUACAGCAGGCUGAGGGUGAGCAGAACCGGAGGGACCCAGUUUGGGAUGGGGCUGCAGACGAAGAUCGCGCUAUUCCCACCAAGGCGCCUCAAUUGUCCGCUAAGAUGCCGGUGUGUCAGCCAGAUAAGCACCCACGGAAACACCAUGAAAGAUACUGAUAUCAAGAGACUGCUGUAUACCCAUCUUUUAUGCAUAUUUUCAAUUAUCCUAAGUGUCUUCAUUCCAUCAUUCUUCUUGGAGAACUUCUCAAUAUUGGAAACACACUUGACAUGGCUGUGCAUCUGUUCUGCUUUUGUAACUGCUGUCAACCUACUAUUAUAUUUAGUAGUGAAACCAACUGCGUCCUCUAAAAAAAGUUCAUUGUCACACAAGAUAACCAGAUUUUUGAAAUGCUGUAUCUACUUUCUUAUGUCUUGUUUCUCCUUUCAUAUAAUUUUUGUCCUAUAUGGAGCACCACUAAUAGAGUUGGUGUUGGAGACAUUUUUAUUUGCGGUUAUUUUGUCUACUUUCACUACUGUACCUUGUUUAUGUUUGUUAGGACCAAACCUCAAAGCAUGGCUAAGAGUCUUCAGUAGAAAUGGAGUUACAUCCAUUUGGGAGAAUAGUCUCCAGAUCACUACAAUUUCUAGUUUUGUAGGAACGUGGCUUGGAGCACUUCCUAUUCCACUGGAUUGGGAAAGACCAUGGCAGGUAUGGCCCAUCUCCUGUACGCUUGGAGCGACCUUUGGCUAUGUGGCUGGCCUUGUUAUUUCACCACUCUGGAUAUACUGGAAUAGAAAGCAACUUACAUACAAGAACAAUUAACUGAAGCAAAGAAGAUAUUUCUUUGUGCAGAUUCCAUAAG